UCUCUCUCUCUCUCCCCCACAUUGGCUUUAACCGCGACCGCAAACUCGGGGCCUGGGAAUGGGAUUUGGUAGUUGCCGCGCUGCGCGUUUGUGUGUUUUGCAGAGGGGAGGGAAACCCUAACCGUAAUUCUAAUUUUGCUUCUAGUUUUUCUUAUGUCUUUCUCGAUAUCCGUGAACAGAGGAAAAUCCUAACUUCGUAUUCAAAUCUGCUAAAUCUGCUUUCCAUGUUUAUUUCAACUUCAAAGUUUCGAUUUGGAAGCGGUUUUUGUUGAGGGUGGAGAGCCCUGAUCUAAUGCCUUCAGAUUCAAUCUUGGGAGAUUUGGAUUGACAGUCGUCAGAGAUAAGGGAUUUUGGUUUUGGAUGGAAGAAGAAACUGCUUGUUUAACAGUGUUAACUGAUGGGGAUAUGGCAUUGUGUGAUUCAUCAAAAACUGAAGUGAAACGUGAUCAUCAGUGGGUUGUAGAUGCUAAUGAAUCAGAUUCCUUGCCCAACAAGAAGCUUGCUAAAGAAAAUUCAAACGAUGACCUGAACUCGGAAAUUCUGAAUCCAAAUGUUUCUCCAAAGGAGAAUGUAUCCAGCUGUCAGACCAUCUCAAGCCAACAUGACGAGUUGGCAAGGGAUAACAAUUUGGGAGGUGGUGACAUUACAUCUACAGAGAAUUCGAGUAUGGACAGCACGACUGACGAGGAGCAUAGUAGAAAUGACUCUGCUGUUGCUGUAUGUACUUCUCAAGUUAUAAUGGAAGUUCCAAAACCUACCAGUUCGACUGGGAUUAGGAGAAUAAUAUUCAAGUUCAGCAAGAGCAAGGAAGAUUAUGCUCCAUCUUCUUCAGCAGUUCAGCCUGUAGAUAAUGACCCCACUUAUGGUGGAUCUCGACACUGUACUGGGAUGAAGUUGGUUAAUUCAAGUGCAGACAUGUUAGUGGGUCCUCCAAGAAAAGUUUUAUCCGAAACGGGAAACAUGUUUACAUUUUCUCCUAAAAUGAAGAUGGAAUUAAAGAUGCCCAAGAAGGUUGUUGUGAACAGCUACCCUACAAAUGUCAAAAGGUUGUUAUCAACUGGCAUUCUUGAAGGAGCUCGCGUGAAGUAUAUAUCCGGUACUCAUGAGAGAGAGCUUCUUGCUAUUAUAAAAAGCUCUGGAUAUUUGUGUGGUUGUCCACUGUGUAAUUUUUCUGAGGUUCUUAAUGCUUAUGAGUUUGAGCAGCAUGCCGGGUGCAGAACCAAACAUCCAAAUGAUAACAUAUUCCUGGAGAAUGGGAAGUCAAUUCAUAAUAUUGUCCAAGAGCUGAGGCGUACACCACUCAAUUUGUUGCCUGAAGUGAUUCGAAGUGUGGUUGGAUCAUCAAUCAAUGAGAAAUUUUACCUGGUCUGGAAAGAAUCACUCCAAGCUCCAAAUCUUCACGAAAUUGGUGGAAAGUUUGAAAUGGAAAGACAGUCUCAACUGGAUCUUCUUGAUCUGCCUAGUUCAAUGGAAAGCUGUCCUAGUGACGCUGCUGAAGACAGCCUCGGCCUUUCUUCAAGAUACUUGAUGCCAGAAUUUCCUAUGAAAGAGAAGGCCCAUGUGAAGCAAAAGAGACCAAGAGGGCGGAAACGUGGGGUUAAAAGGCUGAACUCCAACAGUUAUAACUUGAUUGUGCGACAGAAGAAAACUGCUGGAGGUAGGGUUAAGAAAAGGGAUAAUGAUCUACACCGUUUACUUUUCAUGCCAAAUGGACUUCCAGAUGGAGCAGAGCUGGCUUAUUAUUCCAAAGGACAGAGAUUACUUGAAGGCUAUAAGCAAGGAACUGGCAUAGUUUGUAGUUGCUGCAACAGUGAGAUUAGCCCCUCACAGUUUGAAGCUCAUGCUGGAUGGGGUGCUAGGCGUCAACCAUACCGUCACAUUUAUACCUCAAAUGGAUCGUCACUUCAUGAUCUAUCACUUUCAUUGGCAAAUGGACACAGUCUUGCUGCUAGUGACAGUGAUGAUAUAUGUACAGUAUGUGGAGAAGGAGAGGAUUUGAUCCUUUGUGAUGGAUGUCCUCGAGCAUUUCAUACAGCUUGUUUGGAAUUACAGUGCGUCCCGGAAAGUGAUUGGAACUGCCCAUAUUGCAAAGAUAAAUUUGAUGUUGGUAGAAAUGCAUCUAUGGGGGAAUUUUCCACUGCGAAGCCAAUUACCAUAAGGUUGACGCGAGUUGUUAGAGCACCUGCAACCGAAAUAGGUGGUUGUGCUGUUUGCAGGGGCCAUGACUUCAGUGUUGCAAAAUUUGAUGGGCGGACGGUUAUACUCUGUGAUCAAUGUGAGAGGGAGUUCCAUGUUGGGUGUCUGAGGGACCAUGGGCUGUGUGAUUUGAAAGAGCUUCCUAAGGACAAGUGGUUUUGCUGUGAGGAUUGCAAUAGGAUCCAUUUCACUUUACAGAAAUUAAUUCUCCGUGGAGCAGAGAUGGUUCCAACUUCAGUUUCAACCAUGAUAAAGAGGAAGCUAAUGGAGAAAGGCCUAGUUGAUGCAACUGAGGAUAAUGUGCAAUGGCAAGUCUUAAGUGGAAAAUCUGGCUUUCCAGAUCAUCGAUUGUUGCUUUCCAAGGCUGCUGCAAUCUUUAGAGAUGGUUUUGAUCAAUGGAGAUAA